AUGAGGAGAUACGAGGAAAAGGAUACAAACGAACAAUUGGACCACGAUGAACACGAGGAAGACGAAGACUAUAAUGAAGUUGAUAUCGAACACGAUAACGAAGAAGCAAACGAUGUUAAUGUAGAACCACCAAUGGCAAGGCCGGAACGCGAAAGACAGCCACCAGCUUGGCUCAGAGACUAUGAAACAUAA